AUGGAUAUUCACUGCAAAGCAGACCCCUUUACAGCGAUGCACCUAUCCCACGUAGGGCACGGAGGUGUGAACCAGCUCGGCGGGGUGUUUGUGAACGGCAGACCCCUCCCGGACGUGGUAAGGCAGCGGAUAGUGGAGCUGGCCCACCAGGGUGUCCGGCCCUGCGACAUCUCCAGACAGCUGCGGGUCAGUCACGGCUGCGUCAGCAAGAUCCUGGGCAGAUACUACGAGACUGGUAGCAUCAAACCAGGGGUGAUUGGUGGGUCUAAACCUAAAGUAGCCACGCCAAAGGUGGUGGAAAAAAUAGCAGACUACAAGAGGCAAAACCCAACCAUGUUCGCCUGGGAGAUCAGAGACAGACUGCUGGCAGAGGGCAUCUGCGACAACGACACUGUUCCCAGCGUCUCAUCCAUUAACAGGAUCAUCCGAACAAAAGUCCAGCAGCCUUUCCAUCCAUCUCCUGAUGGGACAUCCCUGUCGACAACGGGCCACACCAUAGUACCAAGCACAGCCUCGCCGCCUGUAACCAGCGCCUCCAACGACCCUGCAGGGUCCUACUCCAUCAAUGGGAUUCUGGGUAUCCCACGAUCCAACGGUGAAAAGAGGAAAAGAGAUGAAGAUGGUUCAGAUGGUUCUGGCCCAAACAGUGAUUCUCAGGGUAGUGUGGAGAGUUUACGGAAACACCUGAGGGCAGAUGCCUUUACCCAGCAGCAGCUGGAAGCGUUGGACCGGGUCUUUGAACGCCCCUCGUACCCUGACGUCUUCCCUACAUCGGAGCAUAUCAAACCCGAACAGGCUAAUGAGUACUCGCUUCCUGCCCUGAAUUCCAGCCUGGACGAAGUCAAGCCCAGCGCCAACCCAGACCUGGGCCCCAGCGUGUCGCAAAGCUACCCUGUAGGUCGGGACAUGGCCAACACAACCUUACCUGGAUACCCCCCUCACGUUCCCCCUACAGGCCAGGGCAGCUAUCCGACCUCCACGCUCGCUGGAAUGGUUCCUGGGAGUGAGUUUUCGGGGAACCCCUACAGUCAUCCACAGUACACAACCUACAAUGAAGCCUGGCGAUUCAGCAACCCAGCAUUACUAAUGCCGCAUCGAGAGGCUCCGCCCCUCCCACUGCUGCCACUGCCUAUGACCGUCACUAGUUACCAUGGAAACCAAAUCAACCUGCAGGACCAUGGCCUCAGCCUCCAUAUUGCCCCGGUGUGA